UCUUCUUCUUCUUCCUCUGCUACGUGAUUAUUAUUCUCUCUCUCAAAUUGCCGUUUGUUCUAGUCAGUGAAGCCCUAAUUCAAUAAUCCAACCUUGGAAAAAUGGUGAUGUGUUUGUCGAUUUAGAAGAGAUGAAUUCUCUAAGAUCUUUGAGCUACAGUAGCAUAGAAGCUCUAUCUCAUCAAACUCCCACAAAGCUAUCAUCUUUAUCUCCUCUCUACUCUUAUAACCAGAGGAGAUGGCUAAAGCCUGUGGAUUCAGCGCAAACCAGGUUAGAGAACCGAACACGAGACAACCGAUUAGACAAGCUCAUUGUCCACAUCAGGAAGCUAAACAUCAUCCUCGAGAUAACAAAACUCAUGGGUAACAAAAAGCGUGGUCCUUUCGUCUCUCUCCAGCUUAUGUCUCGAUGGAAGAACAUCGUCGGUUUGAAUGUAAGCGUUGGAGCUUUUGUGGGUAAGUAUCCUCACGCCUUUGAGAUCUUCACACAUCCUUGUCGGAGGAAUUUGUGUUGUAGGGUUAGUGAGAAACUGAGGGAUUUGAUUGAGGAAGAAGAGAGUGUUGUAAGAGAGUUUGAGGUUGAUGCUGUAAGAAGGGUGAAGAAGCUGUUGUUGAUGUCUAGAAAAGGUGUUCUGAAUGUUCAUGCUUUAAGGUUGAUGAGGAAAGAGUUAGGAUUGCCUGAGGAUUUUCGAGAUUCGGUAUUAGCUAAGUAUAGUACAGAGUUCAGGUUAGUUGAUUUGGAGACUUUAGAGCUAGUUGAUAGAGAUGAUGAUGAUGAGAGUUUGUGUGUGGCUAAAGUUGAGGAAUGGAGAGAAGUUGAGUACAGAGAGAAAUGGUUGAGUGAGUUCGAGACGAACUACGCGUUUCCUAUUAAUCUCCCCACAGGGUUCAAGAUUGAGAAAGGGUUCAGAGAAGAGUUGAGGAACUGGCAGAGAGUCCCUUAUGUAAAGCCUUACGAGAGAAAGGAGAUUUCAAGAAGCGUAGAGAGGUUCGAGAAGCGAGUUGUUGCGGUUAUCCACGAGCUUCUGAGCUUGACUGUUGAGAAGAUGGUUGAAGUUGAGAGACUAGCUCAUUUUCGUAAGGAUCUUGGGAUCGAAGUGAACUUGAGGGAAGUGAUACUGAAGCAUCCGGGGAUUUUCUAUGUAUCCACGAAAGGAAGUACUCAGACUUUGUUUCUUAGGGAAGCUUAUAGCAAAGGCUGUUUGAUUGAGCCAAAUCGGAUUUACAGUGUGCGGAGGAAGAUGCUGGAGCUUGUGUUGUUGGAAAAGCGUCACUCUAAGGAACUGUUACAAACUUGUGAAGAGGAGAGAGAUGUUGAGGUAAGGUAUGAUGAAGAUUGGGAAGGAGAGAGAGAUGGAGACUGGGUCUUGCCAAUUCUGGAGAAAUGAUUGCUAUGAUGCAGUGGAGUUUGUGCAAAAGUCUCAUCAUGUGUAUUGAAUUUUCAAGUGAAAUCAGAUUGAAGUUGGUUUUGUGAGACGCCGUUCGAGAAAGAAGGUUGGAGGGAAGUGGAGAACAAUGAUGCUGAUGUGGGCAGGAGUCUCAGAAACUGUUGUGAGAGGUAAGAAAUGUUCUUACAGCCGACAUUCUAUGUAGAGGCAGAGGAAUGUAACUAGAAAGUAGAAGAUUACUUGUGGAGGUUACCUUGGCUUUUAGUGUCUGCUGCAAAAGAGAGGUAGCUUGGCCCAAUGAUCUUUCCUGUCUUAUGUCUUCACACACAUUAGUUUUGUAGCCAUUAGUGUGAUGUGGAUGAAAUUGUAGCAAACAAGAUUUGAUGAAUUUUGAUCUAAGAAUUUUUUUAGAAAAAUAAUACUUGAGUUCCUCACUCAUGGAAAUUCAUCAGAAAUUCACUGGCUUUGUUUGAGAAGGCAUAAACAAACUUGGUUUUGACCCAAAACAAAGCCAUAAACAAACUUAGUAAUAACAUCCACAGAGUGAAGAUUACAUCAAAAUUACCGUAAGAACCCAAAGUAACUGCAAAAACUCCAACACAUGCAUCUACUUUGCUUGUGGUCUAGAUUGAUGAAAUACAUGGCCACAACUAUGCUUUGACUUGACCACUCUAUGCAAUACCUUUACCCUCUUUUCCGCACUGUGAGAGCUUUAAAUUCAUUGUUUUAACUCUCAUCUACCCCUUUAAUGGUACACAUACAGGUGCAAUUACCUUCUUGAUGUUGCCUGUCUUGUCAUAUCUUAUGUCCCGGUUUAAUGCAAGAAACUAAGACCUAACUGUCUCUUGAUAUGGUCUGGUAUCAACUUUUUAACUGACUCUGGU